AUGGGAAAUACGUCUUUGCAACCACCUCCACAGCAUCAGACACCCACUGAAUUUUCCCUAGAAAACUAUGAUAAUGAAGAACGUACACCUGUAACUGAUCAUGGUAGCAACACCCAAUUCGAUGACAGUCAAGAAGAAAACGUACCAGAGACGCCGCAGUAUCCUCCACAAGUUCCCAAAGUGCAAUCCAACCAGGUUGCUGCACGAGCGACUCGUGUUUGGUCUAUUGCGGAAGAUGAAGCUCUAAUUGGGUUGUACUUGCAGAUUAGCGAAGAUGCUAUUAAAGGUACGAACCAGAAAGCAACUGACCAAUGGCGCAAUGUACACGCAGCAUAUCAAAUGGCUCAGGCGGAGAAGCCAAAUAUACUUCUGCCAAGACCUAUGAAGAGUCUGUCGUCGCACUGGAGAAGGUUGGCAGCAGACACACUACAGUGGAUAUCUUGCUAUGAUGAAGCGGGUAAACUUCCGGAGGGAGGGAGUGGUUACAACGAAGCUGACCGUGUAAAAAGUGCAUCAAAGCUUUUUCAUCUGGCCACCGAUCACAAUUUCAGUUUUCCUCACGCAGUUGAAAUGCUUAAUAAAGAUCCAAAGUGGAGGCCAAAGCUGAGAUGGUCCUUGUCAAAGGAGGAAAGAAAAGUUGUUUGUGAUGUUGAGGAGCAAGGUAGUGCUGGAAGUGGGAAGAGGUUGAGAGAUGAUGUAGGGGAUAAAACCCCUACAAAUGGUUUUUCAUCUGGAGGAAUACGACAACUCGAUGGUGUGAAGAAAGCAAAGGCCAAACGUAAAGGGAAAGCAGUGGCAACAGAAAGUGGUUCGUCUGACCUAGGCGAACAAAUGAAGGAAUUCGCUACAAUUCGCGAAAGGGAGGCCAUUAUGAAGGAAAAGAGGAUAAAAAUUGAAAAGGAUAAGGAACAGAGGAAACGAGAGGAACUUGACAUUCAUAAGAUGAGAACCAUGUUUGAUAUGCUGCAAACUCUGAAGAAUUCGCCUACGCCACUCACUCCUCAAGAAGAGGCGUACAAGAAUUUUUUACUUGGUAAAUUACAAGGCUUUUAA